GCAGGGAGCUGAGAGACGCCGGGCGGAGGCCAGAGAACACGCGGAGUCAGGUUCGUUUCUCCCGUGUCCGAUCCCCGCGAUCCAGGCCCGGCCCCGCACGUGCCGCCCGCCCGGAGCCCGCGGGGCGCUCGGAUCUGCUGGAGAGUCCGGAGCAGGGAGGGGGCAGGGCCAGGACCCACCUGCCCCGGCUUGGCUUCGCUGCUGCUGAAUCAGACCAAGUUAGACUGAGAGAAGCCGACCCCAGCACAGCGCCUGCAGCAGCUUCUGUAGCCUGAGUGUCACUGAGAGAGACAAUGGGGCAAGGAGUAACAUACAGGAAGAUCAAAGGAGAUCCAGAACCUCAUUGUAACUGCAAGAAAUGUAACUACUACAAGGAAUGUAGAAUUGUGCUCGCAGUCGCCCUCGCAGUUGUGUCCUUAUGUCUCAUCGCUGUUAUUGUCCUGGCAGUGCUCCUAGACAUGAGUUCUUCGGAUGGUCGAGCCACCUCUGCUGUCCUCUCUCAGGGCCCCCCUUUAGUCCCAUCUCAGGGCCUCCCUUUAGUCCCCUGCUGCCCGGAGCGGUGGGUCGGAUACGGAGGGAAAUGCUACUAUUUCUCAACAGAAGAAAAGAACUGGGAUUCUAGCCAGCGCUUCUGCUCUUCGUUCAAUGCUUCCCUGGCAGUGAUUGACACCCAGCAGGAAAAGGAUUUCAUGGUGCGCUAUGCAGGCCUCGUUGAGCACUGGAUCGGCCUCAGAAGAGACUCAGGCCAGCCCUGGAAGUGGGUGAACGGAACCAUAUUCAGCCAGCAGCUGUUUGAAGUAAGCGCAGAAGGGAACUGCGCGUAUCUGAGCGAUGUCAUUGUGAGUUCUUCAAGGUGCUAUUUUCUGAGGAACUGGAUCUGUAGCAAACCUGAUGCAUAUACAAAGGGAAAGGAACAUGCAAUGGAGAGAGACUAGUAGGGAUGUAAAAGUUUAACCGGUUAACGCAUAAGCUUGAUGUUUAUCAGUAGGGCCCUACCAAUUUCACAGCUGUGAAAAAUGCUUCAUGGACCCAAAUGAGCCCUUCCCCAUGAAAUCCGAUGUCUCCUUGUUCCUAGGAGCGCUUCAGCAAAGGGGGCUCCAAGCUCCGACUGGGUAGAAGAGGGACAGGACUUGUCCCACCCUUGCACACUGCUCUGGGGGUGGGAGGGAGGGACCAGACCAGACCCACCUCCGUGUGCCUCCCCCUGCUGCAGGACACUCUCUCUGAUCUGAAGGCAGCACAGAAGUGAGGGUGGCAAUCCCAUGACCCCCCUACAACAGGUUUGCAACACCAUUUCCCCUUCCCCUCCCCCCCACACGCAAUCACCUUUUGGGUCAGGACCCCAAAGUUACAACACCUCAAAUUUCAGAUUUAAACAGUUGAAAACGUGAAAUUUACCAGUUUUCAAAUCCCCUGGCCAUGAAAUUGACCAUAAUGGACUAUGAAUUUGGUAGGGCCCUACUUAUCAGUUUCUGUUAACGAUUAAACUCUGCCUGGGGUCCUGGCUGCUGGCCCCAGCAGUGGGGAUCCCGGGCAUGGAGCCCCCCAUAAAAUGUGGGGGUGCUGUAACACCCCACGCACUCCUAGUUCCCUGGGUAAAUGUUUAACUUUUGUAAUUGGUUACACAGGUACUGUUUCUACACGUUAUUUACACCCUAAGAACUAGUAUAUCACUGUGGAGAGCAGUGGGAAUAGGACCUGUGUUUUCUGGCAAUGAAAACAGUAAUUUCAGAUUUUCAAAGCUUUGUUUUGGAAAUUUUAUAUAUAUAAUAUUAAUACUAGGGCUGUCAAUUAACUGCUGUUAAUGCCUGCGAUUAAUGCACAGCACAAUUAACAUGUUAAUUUUUUUAAUGUGCAUUAAUUAAUCGCAGACCCUCUGGGCGGGAGGGCAGCAUGAGCUGCUCCAAAAAAAUCUGUUUGAUUAGACGCAGUAACACAAGCCGACACCAGAGGUUGGGAAGACAAGAGGCUACAGACAGUAAUAGAGUUCUCAUCCCCCUGUUUUUAAAAUAAAAACAGGAUGGCCAGGGGCUCCCCGGAGUGCCGCCCCCCCUUUUUUUUGCAUGGCUUGCCCGAACUGCCCUCCCCAUGUCUGCUGGGGCUGGGGCUGAGCCCUGUGCCGCCCGCAGCUGGGGCUGGUGUCGUGUCUGUCCCCCCACUGAGCUCCGCAUUGCCAAUGGUGGGGUCUCCCCAUGCGGCCCAAGGCUGGGACUGACCCCCAUCCUGAGCUCAUGGGCAGAGCCCCAACCCUUGAGCUUCCUGGGGCUGGGGCUGACCCCCCUGCCUGAGCCCUGUGCCUUCCGCAACUGGCCCAAUGCCACCCAGGGCUGGGACUGACUCCCAUCCCGAGCUCAGGGGCUGAUCUCUC